UUCAAAUUCAAGUUUAUUGUUAUGGGCAUACAGACCCAGGAUGUAAAUGCCAUGAAUAUUUGCUUUUUGCAGCAGCAGCACAGUACAUAAGCGACAAACAUAAAUUAUACAUAAUUUACACAAAAUAAACAAAAAUAAAUUUAUCUUCCUAACAAACUUAGAUAACACUCAUAGAUGAUAGAGCAAUCGUAUGGGAAUUGUAUAACCACCCGUACUGUUGCUGCAUCUUGGCCUGGAAAGGGUCGACUUCACUACAAAACAAACAGAAAAUGAUAAAAGCCCUCCCAUCUGUGAAAUGAAAUCGAUUUUGUUUGUUCGAUUGUUCUCUGAACAGAAACAGAAAUAGGGACUUCACUGGCGCCCAGCUUUCCUGUGUGAGUUGCUCGUUAUCUGUUGUACUUGAAAGUCCCCAGAGGAAUCGUCACCAACGCUUCUCUGUACUGCAGUGCGGAAUCGAAACUGAAAAUUGUCCAUUUAAAGCAGAGAGCAGAGGGAAGGAAAGCUCAGAGCGGCGAGAACUUUCCAGAGGUUCGCAGCAAGAAUUCCAAGAAGCAGGGCUCGGGAUGUGCAGCAGCGAGCUGCAGCAGCAGCGCUUGGCGCUCAUCGACUGUUUUUUCGGCCGCCUGGCUGCCAUCAUCCAGGUGGAGCCGGUGCUGGAUUUCAUUCAGUUCAUGGAAGAAGACGACAAGGAGGAGAUCCGCGCCAGGAGGACCCAGCGGGGCAACAAGGCUGCCGCCAAGCUGCUGCUCACCAAAAUAAUCAACAAGCCCCCUCCCGAGGGCUGGUUUGGGCAGUUUGUCACCGCCCUGAGGGAAGGCGGCUGCUCACACGCUGCUGAGUACAUCGACCCAGAAGCAGGUGACCUGAUGCCCCCAUCACUUGAGGCUCGCAAUGACGUGGAAGUGCAACUCGUCAGGCUCUUGUCGCCAACUCUCAUCGACAAGUUGAUACCGAAUGAAGUUGCCGUAUACUGUUUCACCGAAGGUAUUUUUAUCAUGGAUGACUUGGAAAAUAUUUUGAGUGAAACAAAUAAACAUGGAUAUAAAGCAGGAAUCCGAGAGUUAUUGGGCAGAAUAGUGGUGAAGCCCCCUGGCUGGUUCUCCAAGUUCUUGGCAGUACUACGGAAGACUGGACAUGAGGAUCUUGCAGAUAUCUUAGCUGGCAAUGAUUGCAAAUCUGAUACAGAAGAUUCACCAGAAGAAAGUCAAGAUUCAUCUGGCGACCAGUUGGCAACUGAUGUUCAGAACAAAGCAGAUGAUGCUAACUCAGGCCAGUUAGCUUUUGGAGAAGAUGAGCAGGCAAUUCAGGACUUGUACAAUGAGCCCAAUUCUGAAGGGGAAAAUGACCUAAUCAGCAGUAGAGAAAACAGCAUCCUGUCAGACAUGUCUGCAAUGGAGAUAUCUGUGAAUACAGAUUCUGCUUUGGAUUCAUUGGAGGCAAGUAAUUGCAGUUUAAAUGACAAUCUGUUGGAGAAUAGAUGUUCUGGUGAGUCUGGAGAAGAGAAUGCCAGUUCAGAUUUAGAUGAAGAAAAUAAAAUGGAAGGCCGACAUUCCCCAGUUCCUGAGAUCCAGCUCCGAGACUAUCAGCAGGAAGUAGCAGCUCCAGCCUUGGAGGGUAAAAACAUCAUUAUUUGCCUGCCCACAGGAAGUGGAAAGACCAGAGUGGCUGUCUACAUUACCAGGCAUCAUCUGGACAAAAUGAAGUUAGAGGGAAAAACAGGGAAGGUUAUUGUGCUUGUUAACAAGGUACCCCUAGUUGACCAGCACUUCCGUAAGGAGUUCAAUCCAUUCCUGAAAGAUAAGUACAGUGUCAGCAAGAUAAGCGGUGACACCCAGCUGAAGAUCUCCUUCCCUCAAGUGGUGCGUGAGAAUGACAUUAUUAUCUGUACAGCUCAGAUCCUAGAGAAUCAGCUGGCUGAACCCAGUAAUGGUGAUGCUAAUGAUCUCACGCUAUCAGAUUUCUCACUGAUAAUAAUUGAUGAAUGCCACCACACUCGAAAGGAAGGAGUGUACAAAAGCAUAAUGACAAGAUACAUUGAGCAAAAAUUGAGCAACAAGAAGGAAUCCACAGUGAAGCCUCUUCCACAGAUUCUUGGAUUGACAGCAUCACCAGGCGUGGGUGGCGCAACAAAGAGACAACAAGCAGAAUCACAUAUUUUGCAAAUUUGUGCAAACCUCGAUGCUUGUAAAAUAAUGACUGUGAGGACUUACCUAGAACAGCUAAAAGACCAAGUGAAAGAUCCGGUGAAAAAAAUGGAAGUUGCUGAAGGACGAAUAGAGGAUCCUUUUGGAUGCAAGAUCAAAGAGAUGAUGAUGAAAAUUCACACAUACCUCGGACGAAGCGCUGUAUCAGAUUUUGGCACCCAAUCUUAUGAGCAAUGGAUUGUUCAAAAAGAGAAAGCAGGAGCAAAGACAGAGGAUCGUAAACUACGAGUCUGUGCAGAGCAUUUAAGAAAAUACAAUGAUGCUCUGAUGAUUAAUGAUACCAUAAGGAUGACUGAUGCAUAUAAAUAUCUCACAGCCUUCUAUAAAGGUGAAAAAAGGAAAAAGUACACAGAAGAGGAGGAUGCACCAAAGUCGAAAUUGGAUGACACUGAUAGAUUUCUUAUUAGUUUAUUUAAUGAACAACAAGCCACACUUGCAAGUCUUGCUGGAAAGCCUCAGUAUGAAAAUGGAAAACUGACAAAACUACGAACAACUAUACUUCAGGAAUUCACUAAAAAACGAAAUUCAAGAGGCAUCAUAUUUACAAAGACCCGACAAAAUGCACAUGCUCUGCACGAGUGGAUUGAAGAGAAUGAGAAAUUUAAGGAUGUUGGAAUUAAAGCACAUUACUUAACUGGAGCUGGCAGUAACAGUCAGUUCAAACAUAUGACUCAGAAUGAACAAAAGGAGGUGCUCAGUAAGUUCCAUGAUGGAGAAAUAAACCUUCUGAUUGCAACUACUGUGGCAGAAGAAGGUCUGGAUAUCAAAGAAUGUAAUUUUGUAAUCCGCUAUGGCCUCGUCACUAAUGAGAUUGCCAUGGUCCAAGCUCGUGGCAGGGCUCGAUCGGACAACAGCACUUAUGCACUUGUAGCACAUGAGGGAUCAGGAGUUCUUGAACGCGAACAUAUAAAUGUUUUCCGUGAAGCCAUGAUGUAUGAAGCGAUUCAGAAAGUGCAAGAAAUGCCAGAAGAGGAAUACAAGAAGCAGAUAGAUGAAAAGCAGUUGCAGAACAUAAUGGAGCACAAAAUGAAAAAGAGGAAAAAUUUGGGAAAAAGCAUAAAAAGUGAUUAUUCUAAAGUGACUUUCCAUUGCAAUACCUGUAGCAGACUUGCCUGUACAGGAAAAGAUAUUCAAGUAAUUGAAAAUAUGCACCACGUGAAUGUCACGGAUGAGUUCAAAGAUUUGUAUGGUGUGCGAGAAAAUCAAGCCUUGCAAGAAAAAUGUCUCGAUUACCAAACAAAUCAAGAGAUUUAUUGCAGGAAGUGUGGUCAGUCCUGGGGAUCAAUGAUGGUUCAUCGUGGAGUGAAUUUACCUUGCUUGUCAAUCAGAAAUUUUGCUGUAUGUAUCAAUGAGAAGAAUUCUGAAAAAUAUACCUAUAAAAAAUGGAGUGAAGUUCCCUUCAAGCUGCCUAAAUUUGACUACAUCAAGUAUGUUGAAAGCCACAGAUAAUACUUCUAAUGGGAUUCUCUAUGUCACAUGAAUAAUGACACAUUUAUCUUGCACUUGCUUUAAGUUGAAUAUCGAUUAACAAUUAUAUGAAUUGUAACCAGAUCAAAAAAAAGUAUUGGCCUCAUGGUCUUCUUGAUAUGAUUUCAUUUCAUUGCUAGCUAUGAAGCCGAUGUUUGCUUUUUUGUGAUAGCUUGUAAGAUGUUGAGGUGUUGUUCAUUGUAUUUUGACUUUCUUUAGCAUGGGGUGAAAAUGUGAACUAGAAAUGAUUAAAAACUUAAGAUCACACCCUAUGCUACUGAAAUUAACUAGACUUAAAAAUGGCCUCUACUUGGGUGCCUAUGACUUUGAACUGAUUCCAGCACACAGUUAUCCUUGUGUGUAACCUCUCUUUGAUGGAAAGUGAUUCAGUGCAAUAUUUGAAAAGGCCCAGUGUCCCCAAGAUAGCGGGCUUGGAUUUCAUUAUGAUGAAGCUACUACAAUCUCCAAGUUACCCAGUGAAGAGCAGUAGAACUCUGUCUGCUUCUAAAUUAACUGAGUGAUGAAUGAGUAUCAGGGUCACUGGGCUAAGUAUCAUAUCGACAAGGACUGGGGGGAGGCAGGAUGUUAAUCGAUGGGAACAAUAGUGUAUAAACCUUUAGAACAGAGUGUUUGUCUCCCUGAGCGAGCUUCAUGAUUGCAAAAUAUUAAAAUGGCUUCGAGGGGAAUAGAUGAUUGGCAUAGAAAUAUGAUGAUGAGCAGUUGUUUCAGCUUAUUACUUCUGAGGAUAUUAGCGUAUCUUUUAUGAGAAUGAAAAUUAAAUAUUUUGUGAUUAAAGGUAUCGUUUUUGAUG